AGGGGUGGGGAGUUACCCCUUUAAAAUAACCUGAAGGCGCCUUGAGCGAAUUUACCACCCUCAGGGGCCGGUUUGUGAGGGAGAAUUUUAUACUGGGGAAUUAUAUAGAUCUAUUUGUAUAUACUCUAUAUAUACGUUUUCAAAGCGCUGAGUUUAUUUUUCCGUCGAGAAGUUUGAUACACCCCCCCCCCCGCACCCGCUCAUUCCCGUUCCUGUUUCGAGAGAGAUGAUCGCGUUGCCUCGGCGGAGCUAAGGAAGGGAGCGAGAGACGGCGGCGGUUGGGCUCCUGUGAGGCAGAGCGAAGGAGCGAGAGAGAGGGGCAGAGCGAGGGAGCGAGCAGCCGCGUGAGGCCGCCUCAGCCGCCUUUCCUUUCCUCCGCGUAGCUCCCGCCGGCGGGCUGCUGCGAUGUCUCCCGUCAGCGAGGAGGUGGGAGCGGGAGACGCCGUCCCGGCCGCCCCCGUGGCCCCCUUCGAGGAGGGCGAGGCGCUAGGCGAAGAGCCGAAGCAGGAGAACGGUGGCGAGUGGUGCUCGCAGCAGGCGCUGCUCUCCUCGCUGGAGGCAGCCGCCGGGGAGCCGCCCCCGGUGACGGCGUUCGCGGCGGCCGGGAGCCCCCCGGAGAAGAAGCUGCAGAUGCCGCCCACGCCGCCGCCGAAGGGAGGCGAGGCGCCGUUCGAGCCCCCCGAGGGCGGCUGGGGGUGGGUGGUCAUGCUGGCCUCCAUGUGGUGCAACGGUGCCGUGUUCGGCAUCCAGAACUCGUGCGGGGUCCUCUUCAAAGCCAUGCUCAAGGAGUUCGGAGACCCCAACGACCCGAAGUUGACGUUCAAGACAGCUUGGGUUGGUUCCCUAUCCAUGGGAAUGAUCUUCUUCUGUUCUCCCAUAGUCAGUGUAUUUACCAACCUAUUUGGCUGUCGUAUAGUAGCUGUUGUUGGAGCAGCAGUGGCACUUGUUGGGCUUUUGUCAAGCUCAUUUGUAAGCUCACUUGGACCUCUAUACUUCACUUAUGGAAUCUUAUUUGGCUGUGGUUGCUCAUUUGCCUAUCAGCCAUCCCUGGUCAUUUUGGGGCAUUAUUUCAAGAAGCGUCUGGGACUGGUGAAUGGCAUUGUCACUGCUGGCAGCAGCUUGUUUACUGUAACACUGCCUUUUCUUUUAACUGUACUGAUUGACUCAGCUGGCUUACACAACACUUUCCGGAUCCUGUGCAUUUUUAUAUUCGUUCUCUUCCUGGCUGGUUUUACUUACAAACCCCUCAUUCCUAGUGCCAAAGAAAAUGGGGAAAAGAGCAAGUCCACAUUUCCUCCUGCAAAAAAUAUUUUUAAUUUUUCUAUUUUCAAAAUUAAGAGUUAUUUAAUCUGGGCUAUUGGGAUCCCAGCUGCCUUAUUUGGAUACUUCAUUCCUUAUGUGCACCUAUUGCACCAUGUGAAGCAACGUAUUGGUGAUCAUGUUCCAGAUGAGGCACUUCUGCUUUGCCUUGGCAUUACUUCAGGAGUUGGUCGAUUGAUCUUUGGCAGAAUUGCAGACUAUAUUCCAGGUGCAAGAAAGGUUUAUCUACAGGUGAUUUCAUUUUUCUUCAUUGGCCUGAUGUCUAUGAUGAUUCCAUUAUGCGACUCCUUUGGAAGUCUUAUUGCUGUCUGCCUCUUCAUGGGUCUUUUUGAUGGCUGCUUCAUUAGCAUUAUGGCACCAAUUGCCUUUGAGCUAGUUGGUGCACAGUAUGUUUCUCAGGCAAUUGGAUUCCUCUUGGGCUUCAUGUCUGUUCCAAUGAUAGUUGGUCCACCUGUUGCAGGAAUACUUAAAGAUCACCUAGGUACUUACGAUGUAGCAUUCUACCUAGCAGGAGUUCCCCCAAUGAUCGGAGGAGCUGUAUUGUGUUUCAUCCCAUGGGUGCAUGAAAAGAAGAAACCCAAAGAACAAGCUAGCCCUAUGGAUGGGAAAACUAUGGAGAAAAUGCUGGAAAUCAAAAGCACCUCAGUGCCAGACUCAUAUGAAAAACCCAGAAAAGAAUCAGAGUCCGUUAUUUAAUGGUUGAUAUUUUUCCUACCAGAUUGAAUUUAUUUUUAUAAGAACUAGGUUAGCUUUCUGUUUAUGAAUUGAAUGUACCAUAUGAUUGUACUUCAAAAGCAAAGGCACAAUGAGAACUAUCAAAGUACUAAGGUUAAAACAAAAUGGUUAAUAGCUAAAAAUGCCUUUCACCCAUUUUUAGGUGGUCUCAAAACACACUUCCACAUACUACAUGGAGCUUUUUGUCAUCAGAAUACAUGCUAGUGAGGGCAUGUGUCAGGAGAAUUUAAAACAAACACAUAUGACUGCAUUUCUGGAACUCAAGAAAUGUUCCCCUUCUACUAACUAAUCCUUUCAGAAUGCAUCCAGCAACUUCAUGAUUCACCUAAUGGUGGCAUGCACCUGGAAUUAUUAGUAACAUGCUAAUGUUCUCAAAGCUACUAUUUUUAAUCUUUAAAAAGAUCUGUGGGGUUUGCAAUGUGGAGUCACAGCUUUUUUGAUCAUCUUAAAAACAAAUUCUAUGCAGAUUUUGCCAUGCCUAAGACCACUGAUUUCAAUGGGUUUAAGAAUGCCUAAUACUGUGUAAGAUUGCAGCUUUAGCUUUUAAUCCCCAGUAAACCAUUGCAGUAAACUAUGAAAACGUAGUUUCAUAAUGCAAUAGUGACAAUUUAACUUUUGCUUAACUCUGCAGUGGAACCUUCUUCCAUUUCUUCAUUUAUUUGCUUCAUGUAUUUUAAAGGUGGGUGGCAUCAUGGUAACCUUAUAACUCUUUAUUUUUAAAAUAAUUUAAAUUAAACUGCUGAGUUAAUGAUAAGCUAAUUAUUUGUGUGUAUGUGAAAAACACGGUUCUUACACCACCUUUCUUAAUAGGUUACUAGUAAUUAUAAAAUCACAUAUACUGAAUGAAAUCUAAUGGGUUUUGCUCUGCUGCUGGAAGCCAUCCACCAAUAGAGUGGGUAGGGGGUCAAUUUAUUUUAUUUAUUUAUUAAAUUUGUAGACUGCCCUAUACCCAUAAAUUUCAGGGCAGUUCACAACAUAAAAUUACAAUAUAAAAAACACAAAAUACAUGAUAAAAAUAUAAACAGAAACAAACCAAUAAUCCUCCCUUCCACAACAUAUUUACAGUCUUACCUCGGGUUGCAAACGUGAUCCGUGCGGGAGGCACAUUCGCAACCUGCAGUGUUCACAGCCUGAAGCGCCACGUCUGCGCAUGUGCGUGAUGAGAUUCGGUGCUUCUGCGCAUGAUGUCAUUUUGUGUUUCUGUGCAUGCGCAAGUGCCAAAACCCGGAAGUAACCCGUUCCAGUACUUCUGGGUUCGGCGCGGUCCGCAACCCGAAAACACACAACCUGCAGUCUUCAUAACCUGAGGUAUGACUGUAAAAGGGUAUUGGAUGUCAUUCAGCCAAAGGCCUGGUUGAAGAGGAAUGUUUUCACCUGGUGCCUAAAGGUAUAUAAUGCAGGUGCCAGCUGAAGCUCCCUGGGGAGAGCAUUCCACAAAUGGGGAGCAGUAUAUGGCAAUUCCUUCUUUGUAAUUCAGCACCCAACAAUCUUCUCUUGAGGUAUCCUCCAGACAGAUCUGGCUAGGAUGGAGGGGGAAGAAAAAUUGCCAGAUUUGGGCGAGGGGAUUCAGGGGUAGUUGCCAAAAAAAACCCCUACCUCACAUUGGAUAGGUACAUUUCAUUAGUGCAGUGACACCCAUUGGAUUCCAUCCUGUAUUAGGAAAACAGUGAGGCAACUGUUCUCUAUCAGAUUUGUGUAUUUUCAUUAUUUAACCCAAAGUGUAGUAAUACUGCUUGUGAUUUCUUUUGAUGGAUCAGUUCAAAUCAAGGGGCAUACUUAAUAUUUUCACUAACAUUCUGGUUUCAGUCCUGCUAUGCAACUGAGUCCUUCUGUUGCAGUAUCAAGAGAUAUACAAAGCAACAUAGCCCAUAUAUGGAGGCAAGAGAUUGCUUCUCUUUGCUACUAACAGCAGGUAUGAGAAGAAUUAUUGAAAUUCUUUCAAUUAUUGAAAUUGAAAGAAUUAAUGAAAUCAAGAUUGAUGGGGAGACCCUUUACUCCUCCAAGUUUCAAACCACAAGCUAUACUUUUCUGAAUGUCCCAAAAGCAUCUGACACCUUGUAUUUGCCUUCUGUGGUCUAUAUACCCGCUUUCUUUCAAUAUAUACACCCCAGUGGGGUAGAAACAGCCUUUGGAUCUGAAACAGAGCUUCAGUCUCUAAUUGCAUGGUCUCUAAAAAACAUUCUGCCAAAAUAAUUUCAUUCUCUUUCUAGUUCCUUAAAGAUCAGGGCUAAGAAUCAGUGUUCCUUGCUCACUAUGGGAUCAUGGAAAAACUAUGGAGUAGAAACAAUAGCAAACUGCCUUCAACUACUUCUUCCAAGGAGACUUAGAGAUUGGAUUAGAUUCAGUGUCCAUGUGAGGUCUUUGGAGGACCUAAGAGGCUUGUAGAAGGUGUAUGUGUAGUCUCAGAGGUGGUGUUCUUGAUAAAGUGCCUUCAUAUUUCUUGAUAAUGUUAAAAACCUACUAAGACUUAACAAGAUGUUGCUGCUAUUUCUCAGAUACUGAGGUAUGUACACUGGGAAUGAAUUUCUCUCUUGAGAGAAUCUUUCUUCCAGAAGCAGCAAGAGGGAAGGGAGAACAAGGGGGAAAUAGCAUAAUAUUGUGCACAUUUAAGUUGGGGGUGGGAUGGGCUUCCAAACUAGGCACUGAGUGUGGAAUUGUACACUUUAUAGAGCACCUGCAUGUUGUCAUCAAAUCGUUAUGAUCAUGUUUUCCUGAAGUGGGUCUAUCAUUUCUCAAAUCACAAAAAAAACCACUUCUUUCAUUUCCAAGAGGUGUGGUUUUGACACUUGCAGUUGCAUAUUGGAUGGGUAAAUAUGUUGCCACACAGCAAAUCUUCCCUAUUGCCUAUCUAUUUGGGAACAGUUUGUCUGAAAGUCCACUGAUAUUCCUUAGCCUUCAUGAUUUGAAAGAAGAAACCUUUGUAAGUCUCAUGAAGCAUGCUGGGAGUUGAGAAAUCCAAAACUGUAUUCAAGUCUCCAGAGAUUCCCCCUCCUCCUUCUAAUGUCAGUGUGCCUUCCCUGACUAUGCAAAGUACAAACAGAAUAAGGGAGAUUUUUGUGGAGGACAAACGCUCAAAAUAAAGUACUGUAGCAAGACGAAUGAACUAGCUUGUUCCAGUGUGUCAUCUGCACAAUUAUAUAGAUAUUUACAGCAUCUCUAUGUCCACACACAAAGAUUAUUUAAAAGCUGUAACAAAACAAAAUUGUUUUGACUAAAAACACAUUUUAUUCUACAAAUAGCAUGCAGUGUUUUACUACUGGUAUCUAAUACAUUAUCUGUAUGUAUAACAGAAUGCACAUGACAAUGUUUAAAAAUCUAUCGUCAAUCUGCCAAUUUAUCACAUGUAUAUGUUUAAAGUGAUUGGUACCAGAUGAACCGUUUAUUCACUGAAGGUUAUUUUAAAAGCAACAGAAACCCCAAAUCCUUGUAAAGGAACAAGCAACAGUAUUUUUUAAAAAAUUAAUCUGUGCUUGUUCUGUCUCAUCUUUACAAUAUUAACCAAAGUUUUUCUAAAAGCAUGGAUUUUAUUAAAUAAUUCUCAAGCUUUGCUUUUAACAUGUCUAAGGCAGGGACUAUUAAUGUUAGAAACUGGAUAGUUGUGUAAUAGGAUUGUUGCAAUGUAACUUUAAAAAUUGCACAACUUGUUCAUGCACUUCAGAAGCCCCCCCCCCUUGCCCCUCAUGUCUGCUCUACACAAUUUUUAUGUACAAUGCAAAAUCUGAAAGUGUGAUCAUGGAAGUAGAGUGGCACAUGACACAUCCUACAAUAAAUGCACACUUUUCUAUUUGGUGCAGAUAAUAUUAGAGUAUUCAUAAAUGGAACCAAAAUCCUAUUGGGCCCAUUGCUAUUGGUGGAGGGGUGGGAGACAUAGCCUUUGAAGUUUUUGUUACUGCUGUGUAACCCAUGUGAAUGUAAAAAAAAGUUCACCUUUUACUAUGUGAACAAAGCUUUCUAUCUGAGAAAAAAGUGUUUCUUGCAGCAUAAAUUAAUCCCAUGAAAAAGAAGCAAUUUUUGAACUAGCAUGCUGUUAUUUAUUCUACAACACACACACACACACACACACACACACACACACACACACACACACACAAGGGAGUGGCUUAUCUAUGCAAACCCUACACACAUUUACUUGGAUGUACUGUAUCACAUUGGACACAAUGGGACAUGCUUCUGAGUAGCAGGCAGAAAAAGGCCCACCUCACUUCUAAUUUACUGUGCUACAUCUUCUAAAAGAUUCAUUUUAAUGUGCUGGUAUUGCACUCUGCAAUAAUUAGCUCUUGGAUCACUUCUUUGAUUUAAAAAGUAUACUGUGUGAUAUGAAAAAGUGUGCAGAAUUCUAUAAACUUUAUAAUUGUGCCUUGCUCCAUCUCAAGAAUGCAGCACUAAAAGUGGUUGAAAAUAAAGACGUCAUAAAUACUAAUGGUACAGAAUGUACAUCCUGUGUAACUAAAUGGAUACAAGGGAGCAUUUGUUACUUGUACUGUACUUGUUUACAAGAUAAGGACAGUACCAAGAAAGUAAGAGCAUCAGUAACUACGUCUUUUGACAUUUUGCCUUAUCAGUGAAAUGCAAUAAACUGACUUGCAAAGUACCCAGUCAUAAUUCUUUAGAAGAGUAAGAUUGAUUCUUCACAUAUUUGUAGUUCUACCUCCUCCACUUAUACAAUAAACACUCAAGAAGACCUUUUUAGUUAUCACACUAUCUGAAAACAUAAAAAUUUACAAGUUUUACUUCUAGCCAUAUUCCUAUUACCAACAUUCUAGCUGCUUAAAAGAAAAAAACUGCUUAUGUCCGAAGUAUCAACUUUAUCUCACUUGUUUUCUUAAUACUGUAGCUUAGUCCCAUGUAUAUGAGGCUUUUUCUCUUAGCUGUGCUUCUCUGUGCAUGUGCCAUGCUUAAGGAGUGUGGUGACAGCAAAGGUUUAAUAACCCUGUCUCAAAUAUUAAAAACCCAUUGCCAACUAUUUAGUUGUAUUAUAUAUUUUGUUACCUCCUUGAAAAAACAGGGUAGUGAAUUUUCUGC